CCGUGGAUUAGUGAGAGCGCGCGCGCCUGAGGAAUCCACCUCAGAUUCGUGAGCUGUCAUCAGAAAAUCCCAAUGUCUGGAAAUGAAGAGCGCACGUUCAUUGUCAUCAAGCCUGACGGAGUGCAGAGGGGGCUCAUCGGAGACAUCAUCAAGCGUUUCGAACAGAAGGGCUUCAAGUUAGUUGCUAUGAAGUUGAUCCAGGCCGAUGAGGAUCUUCUGAGACAGCACUACUGUGACCUGAAGGAUCAGCCUUUCUUCCCUGGACUUGUUAGGUUUAUGUCUUCUGGCCCUGUGGUUGCUAUGGUGUGGGAGGGUUAUAAUGUUAUAAAAACGGGCAGAAUAAUGCUCGGCGAGACUAAUCCCAUCGACUCCAAACCUGGGACUAUCAGAGGUGACUUUUGCAUUCAGGUUGUCCGGAACAUCAUUCACGGCAGUGAUUCUGUCGAAAGUGCCAACACCGAGAUCAACCUGUGGUUCAAACCAGAGGAGAUCUGUGACUACACCAAAUGUCAGGACAGCUGGCUCAAUGGCUGAACACUUCAUUUUCUGCACUUUUCUUCCUAUCUGGCGCUUCUCAUUUAAUUCAUUCAUUUUUCAUGUUUCCCCACUGUUUCUGGUGUUUGGCUUUACAAUAAAACCAAAAAUAAUUCUAUCCCAUGAGUUUAA